AUGACGGAGGUUUCUUCCACUCGACUCUAUCUCGGGAAUCUUCCCCGCAACGUUGUCUAUCCGUUUGAUGCGAGUGAGCUAACAUGUGUCACGGCGUUCCCUGCGGACGCUGUGAGUCUUAUCCCAGUGACUAAACCAGACAUCGAGGAACAUUUUAGUACCCAUGGCUCCGGCAAGGUUACCGAGAUCAAGCUGAUGAACGGCUUCGGCUUCAUUGAGUAUGAGGAUGCGAUGGAUGCCAGAGACAUUGUUCCCGCCUUCCACGGCUCCGAUUUCAAAGGUGAACGACUCACGGUGCAGUUCGCGCGCGGGCCACGUCGCAAGGAGAACCCUCCUGGCCCCAUGGACCGUCCGGCUUUGCCUCGUCCUCGGCGCACAAUCUUUCGCAUGAUGGUUUCUGGACUCCCGGAAACAAGUUGGCAGGAUCUCAAAGAUUUUGCUCGUCAAUCCGGACUAGACGUGGUCUACUCCGAGACCGGCCGUGAAGUCGGCAGAGGGUUCGUCGAGUACGAGACCGCAAACGACCUGAAGACCGCCAUCGAAAAGCUGGAUGGCCGGGAAUUCAAAGGCUCGCGAGUGACCUGCGUUGCCGAUAUCCAAAACCCUGAUGACCGGGCCCUGCGUGACCCCUACCGAUCCCGGUCCCCUCGACGGAGCUAUCCUCCCAUGGAUGAAUACGACCGAAGGUUCCCAGCCCCUCGUGGAUACAGCCCGCGCGCCCACUACCGGGAGCGAUCCCCCAUUCCACUCCGACGGGACUACUAUGACCGGGAUGGCUAUGGGCGGCGGACGCCCCCCCGUCCUCGGAUUGAAGACUACCCGCCCCCACGCCGCCCCUAUGAAGACCCCUAUGAUGUCCGUCCCCCGCCGCCCCCGCGUUACGACGACCCGUACAUUGCACCCAGGCCCUAUGGACGUCCCCGCUCUCCUCCGCGGGUCGAGUAUCCCUACGAGCGCCGUGCAUACUGGUAA